UAACUUUUUCGUUUUCUCGAGAUGCCUCCAAGCAGACCACUCGGUCGAACUUAAUCAAAACAUUGUUCGUAUAAUGUUCAUGUGACACCGUGACUAUUUAAAAUAUAUUUACCGUUAACAUAAAUCUUAUUACUAAUGCCCGUCAGCCUCCAGUUGCACGUUCCUGUCCGGUUUAACAUGGUGAACGCGGAUGAAAUUGCUAAGUUGUGCUACGAGCGUUUCAGGCAGCUCCCCCGGAGAGGGAAGCCUGAGCCGGGCAGAGAGUGGACCCUGCUGGCCGCCGUGGUCCAAAUCACGCGGUGUGCUAACUCUGACACAGUUGAAAAGGAGGUUGUGUCCCUGGGAACGGGGACCAAGUGUAUUGGACAGACAGCUAUGAGUCCCAAUGGUGAUGUACUUAAUGACAGCCAUGCAGAAGUCAUUGCCAGAAGGGGAUGUGUCAGGUACCUGAUCCAGGAGCUGCACAGGGCUGUGAGUGGUGGGGACAGCUCUGUGUUCUGUCAGGCAGAUCAGCGGGGGAAGUGGAGGCUUCAGCCGGGGGUUUCCUUCCUCUUCUUUACCAGUCACACUCCCUGUGGCGAUGCCUCCAUCAUUCCCAUGACUGACCAGUCUCAGCCUUGCCCUUCGGUCACAUCUGUAAAAGGCCGUGAAGGGACAGAUGGAGGAGGAGACCUGAAAAGGAAAGCUCAAGAAACAAGUGAAGGGAAAAACGCUAAACUGCCACGUCUGGAGGAACAGCAGACAGCAGAGACAAAGCUAGAGGACAGAAGAGACACAAAACAAUCCUUCCUUUCAAAUUCAUCCAAAAGUGAAGCUCCAUCACAGAGUCACUCCGCAGACACACUCGUGGAAACGUUCUCACAAGAUUCAGCACAGCCGGAGAUUAAAAGCAGAGGCCCCUCUGACAGAGCUGGAGUGCAUCCUCAGGUCCUAGACAUUCACCGAACGGGGGCCAAGUGUGUCCCGAGCGGCCCAACGGACCCUCUGCGCCCUGGGGUGGGGUACCACAGCACGGGGGUGCUCCGGGUGAAGCCUGGGCGAGGAGAGCCCACUCUGUCCCUCUCCUGCAGUGACAAGCUGGCCCGCUGGGGGGUGCUGGGCUUCCAGGGCGCACUGCUGUUCCAUUACCUGCAGGAGGCGCUCUACUUCAGCACCGUGGUGGUGGGGAAGUGCCCAUUCAGCCAGGAAGUUAUGCAGAGAGCUUUGGUCACAAGGUGCUCUAAUGUAUCGAACCUCCCUGCUGGUUUCUCUGUGCGUCCACCUGUGCUGCUCCAGUCCAGCCUGGAGUUCCCCUUCAGCAAGGCCCAGACCGAGCUUCGACACCAGGCCGGAAAGGGACGCAUCUCCCCCUGUGGGGCAGCCAUCAGUUGGUGUAAUGUGACGGAGCAGCCACUAGAUGUCACUGCCAACGGGUACAAACAUGGCGUCACCAAGAAGGAUCUCGGCACAGCUAAAGCCAGGUCUCUUCUGUGUAAACUGGAGCUUUUCCAUUCCUUCCUGUCUCUGGUAUCGGCCACUGACUUUUCAGCACUUCCAGACUCUCUCAGGAGAACAGAGCUGCAGACCUACUGGGACUACAAGCAGGAUUCUCAGUUGUACCAGCAGGCCUGGCAGCAGCUACACAGCCAGGCUUUCCCUCUGUGGCCACGCAGUGACAGAGAUCUUCUCCUCUUCCACUGAAAGUCCACUCUCUCUGAAACCUCACUCUGAAGCAGAAAUUUGGCUCCGUCGUGUCAAGAACUAGGAGGACACAGGUCAAAAAUAACUGCAGGUCUGCAUCUAUUGUUUCUCUCCCAGAGUUUGACUCUUCAUCAGGGUGGAACGGCUUGUGAAACUCACAUUUCAAACCAAAGACAACAAACAUACUGCUGAAUAAUAAAUAUUCUGCAUCAUCAUGUCACACCUCUAAUAAAAGGUCUCCAGAUCUCCAGUGUUCAUUUCCCAAUGCCUGUUGGGUCAGCUGAUCAAUAUGGAUGCAUAUUGUUUGGCUACAUAGCCCAGGAUGUCUCUGUUUGCAACAGCAGGACACCAAGCUCUGUCAUGCGGUUCAGAGAGGUCGAUGACCGCUCUUCAGUCCUCAGAUGAACGUUUUAUUUUCACAGUGGUUGUAACAUGUUGUGUCUGCAGCUGCGUGGAGUUCGUGCUCUGAAAACACAGGCAGGUGGAACAUGAGAUAUUUCUGCACAACAGUUAGGUCCUUCAUCUAAGCUUUUCACUCUUUUUAAUGUCAUUCUCAUUCCUCUGCAGUACAUAGUUUUUUAGAGGUUCAGGUCUUGUUUUAAGUAGCUUAAGUGUUCCUUGUACUGUACGCAUACAUUUACUGCAAAUACCUUGUGAUACUUAUUAAUGUAUCUCAAAUCAUUUGAAUGUUUUUUCACCCUAAAUAAGAAAAUGACGCAAACCUU